AUGAAGGCUUUAGCCCGCAGUUACGUCUGGUGGCCCGGUUUGGAUGCGGAUAUCGAAAAGGCGGUAAGUCAAUGCUUAGCGUGCCAGCAUACGCGCAAUUUCCCGCCAAGAUCGGACGUACAUCACUGGGAGUCUGCCAAGAAACCAUGGUCCCGCCUACACAUUGAUUUCGCCGGAUCUUUCCAAGGGAAUACGUUUUUCUUAGUCGUCGAUUCCUUUACGAAGUGGCUUGAAGUUUGCCCCGUGAAAUCGACAUCCGCGUCCGCAGCAAUCACCUUCCUUCAGCAGCUGUUCGCUACUCAUGGUAUUCCAGAUGAAAUCGUGUCGGACAUCGGAACUGCGUUCACCUCCGAGGAGUUUAAGUUGUUUACGAAAAACAAUCGGACCCGUCACAUCCGAUCAGCGCCCUUCCACCCUGCAACCAACGGCCAGGCCGAACGAAUGGUUCAAACCAUGAAGAGUUACUUGAAGAAACUAGAUCGUCACACGGACAUCAAUAUAGCUUUAGCUCGUUUCUUGUUUGAUCAACAUACUACGCCACAUUCCGUCACAAAGCAUUCGCCAGCGGAGUUGCUUUUCAAUAGGGAGCUCCAAACAUUCUUUGAUAAAUUAAGUCCAGGCGAAAUAUCAUACGGUAAGGUCUGCGAGGCCCAAACUCAAAAGUCUUUUGUUACAGGCACUCCCGUUUGGGUCCGAAACUAUGCAAGCGGCCCCAAGUGGAUUGAGGGCCAUGUCUCAAAAGCGAACGUCAGGCGGCAUCUGGAUCAGCUGCGGUUGCGCAGUCCGUCGCAGCAGCCAACAUCAGAAGAGAUAUCAUCUCCAACUGGUCGUGUCCCUCUAACCCAAACUGAAGCGGAAGCUGGCGAACCGACAACUCCAGUGGGUCCACAGCGCUCGCCCGAGCUAAUCGAAACUGGGGAACCGCCGCGCAGAUCGGCCGUUGACCGUCGCCGCCCGCAGUUCUACGAUCCAUCUGGGUGUUAA